AUGGAGCUCGGCGCCGACAUCUACCUACGUGCUGACACCGCCUAUGUGCGGUCUCUGAUCGAAGACAAGCCCAUGCCGGCCGUCGUGCUCCUUGUGUACGGCCCGACGUAUGCGCAGACCAUGAGUCUCCUCCGUGGUCCAUUCAUCACCCAAUGCGAGGGCUCCGACGAGCAGUACAACACCCUGCACGAUCUCUUCAGCACUUACGGUGCCUUCACGCAUGGCAAGUACAACCUCACUGAGGACGACUUCUACCACUUUGCGGCACACCUCGUUCAAACCGCGAUGGAGCUUCAUCCGCUUGAGCGCGCGGACGAUGAGCUGCGCGAGCUCUCAGGAUGGCUGCGCGUCAACAUGCCCCAGGGUGUCUUUGACGUGAAUAUCGAGACCACCGAAGCAGCUCGCAAUGCCCGCGCGCCGUCGCCUCUCUUGCGCACUUCGAGCCAUGUGCUCGUCGGGCCGUCCUUUGUCCAUGCAGGCCGCGCUCUUGCAGCAUGGCUAGGCAGCAUCUCACUUGCUGACAAGCACACGCAUGGCGACAUGACCACGCUGUCUGCAGCGAGCAUCACCCCCGGCAACACCGCUGCUCAGUCUCAUGCGAGCCUCAGCGCCUGCAACGCCACCGCCAAACCAUCUGCCACAAGUAUUGCCAAGACUGGGGACGCCGCUGCACCAUCUCGCUACGCUCGGGCUGUCAAGGGUGAGGUAUUGGAGGUGGUGGUGGAGUCAGAUGAUGAUGGAGACAUGCCAGACCUUCAGACAGUGUAUGACUCCAGCGACCCGCCGACUAAUGAUGACGACUCUGACUCUGGUGCAAUAUUCUCUGACUACGAGUAG